GUGACCCCGCAGGUCCCCGGAUGCCCUCCGGGCCAGUGGCCAUCCAGCUUGCCGGCCACCACAUCAUAUGAGCCGUACUAUCUUUAGCCAGAGAUAUUUAUAUCCCCUGGGAAUUUUUUUCCUCUACGGGGGAGCCCCAGAGUUGGUGGCCGCUGAUUCCAGGCCCCCAGCGUUGGCCUCCGCCCCUCUGGCCCGCCAUGCCGCGGGGCCCGGAGGUCCCGGUGCAGGUGUGGGUGGACAGCCAGCUCUUCCAAGCCGACCAGGCCCUGCUGGUGGAGCACUGCGGCUUCUUCCGCGGCCUCUUCCGCUCCGGCAUGCGCGAGGCGCGCGCGGCUGAGGUCCGCCUGGGCGCGCUGAGCGCCGGCGGCUUCCGCACCACGCUGCAGGUGCUGCGCGGCGAGCGGCCGGCGCUGGAGGCGGAAGAAGAGCUGCUACAGGCCGUGGAGUGCGCUGCCUUCCUGCAGGCGCCAGCGCUGGCGCGCUUUUUGGAGCACAGCCUCACGUCGGACAACUGCGCGUUGCUGUGCGACGCGGCCGCCGCCUUCGGGCUGGGCGACGUGUUCCACAGCGCCGCGGUCUUCAUCCGCGACGGCGCGCGCGAGCUGGCGGCCGAUCUGGCGCUGCCCGAGGCCCGCGCAUACGUGGCGGCGCUGCGACCCAGCAGCUACGUGGCCCUGAGCGCGCACACGCCCGCGCCCGGCUUUCUGGAGGAUGCGUCGCGCACGAUGUGCUACCUAGACGAGGAGGAGGACGCUUGGCGCACGCUGGCCACGCUGCCCCUGGAGGCCAGCACGCUGCUGGCAGGCGUGGCCACACUGGGCAACAGGCUGUACAUCGUGGGGGGCGUGCGGGGCGCCAACAAGGAGGUCGUGGAGCUGGGCUUCUGCUACGACCCCGAGGGCGGCACGUGGCGCGAGUUCCCCAGCCCGCACCAGCCGCGCUACGACAUGGCGCUGGUCGGCUUCGACGGCCGCCUCUACGCCAUUGGCGGCGAGUUCCAGAGGACGCCCAUGAGCUCCGUGGAGCGCUACGACCCGGCUGCGGAGUGCUGGAGCUUCGUGGCCGACCUGCCGCAGCCGGCUGCAGGCGUGCCCUGCGCCCAGGCUCGCGGCCGCCUCUUCGUGUGUCUCUGGCGCCCGGCCGACACGACGGCCGUGGUGGAGUACACAGUGCGAGCUGACACGUGGCUGCCGGUGGCCGAGCUGCGGCGCCCGCAGAGCUACGGCCACUGCAUGGUGGCCCACCGCGACAGCCUCUACGUGGUGCGCAACGGACCUUCCGAUGACUUCCUACACUGUGCCAUCGACUGCCUCAACCUGGCCACGGGCCAGUGGACGGCGCUGCCGGGCCAGUUCGUCAACAGCAAGGGAGCGCUCUUCACGGCGGUGGUGCGCGGCGACAUCGUCUAUACCGUCAACCGCGUGUUCACGCUGCUCUAUGCCAUCGAGGGCGGCACCUGGCGGUUGCUCAGGGAGAAGGCCGGCUUCCCACGGCCGGGGUCCUUGCAGACCUUUCUCCUGAGACUGCCUCCUGGCGCCUCAGGGCCUGUGGCCUCCACGACGCCAGAACUGUGACCCCUGGGCUGGGCUGUAGCAGGCGACGCCCUGAGUCUUCCCUGAGCUAUGGCUGAGUCUAUGGGGCUGGCCUUGGGAGCUUCUGGGAACGUCUCUCUCCCUGGUUGAAACUUCCGGGUCGUGUGACUUCUGGUAAUAUGGACAUGUCCAAGAAGCUCAGGGAGCAACGAGGACGCUGGGGUCUGAGCCCUCAAAUUACUUGGGCUCUGCUGAGAACUGGUGGGUCACAGUGUCAGAGGAAGGGAUAGAAUUUCAAUAAUCCAGGCUUGUGUGUGAAUGGGCCAGUAACUGAGCAUGGCUAGGAGUGGGUUAGGUGAUGUUAAACUGCCAACCAGUAGGCAAGAAUUAGGCAGCUACUGUGUGCCCAGCUCAGUGCUAGGCCUGAUGUGGCUGUGGUUGCCAGACUGGGGUCCACAAAGGUUAGAGCCUGGCCCAGG